CGCGAAGGCACCUCCGGCGCCUCCACCGCGCUCCGUGGCGGGAGCGAGCGGGUGGGCGCCCCCGAGCCGCGCGCACUUCCGGGACACGGUGCGCAUCCCGGUGACUGCUCGCGGGCGCGCGGUGGUCUGCGGGGUGUCUGGGCGAGCGAGGGGCUCGGCUGGGUGUGAGUGGGCGCCCGCAGGGGCGCUGAGAGAGAAGGCGGUAAAUCCCGGGACUCCGAGGCCUCCCCAGAAAUGAUUCACGAACUGCUCUUGGCUCUGAGUGGGUACCCAGGGUCCAUUUUUACCUGGAACAAGCGGAGUGGCCUGCAGGUUUCCCAGGACUUCCCAUUUCUUCACCCCAGUGAAACUAGUGUCCUGAAUCGACUCUGCCGGCUUGGCACAGACUACAUUCGAUUCACGGAGUUCAUUGAACAGUACACAGGCCAUGUGCAGCAACAGGAUCACCAUCCAUCCCAGCAGGGCCAAGGCGGGCUCCAUGGAAUCUACCUGAGGGCCUUCUGCACAGGGCUGGAUUCAGUUUUGCAGCCUUAUCGCCAAGCCCUGCUUGACCUGGAACAAGAGUUCCUGGCUGACCCACAUCUCUCCAUAUCACAUGUCAAUUACUCUUUAGAUCAGUUCCAGCUCCUUUUCCCUUCUGUGAUGGUUGUAGUGGAACAAAUUAAAAGCCAAAAGAUUCAUGGCUGUCAAAUCCUGGAAACAGUUUACAAGCAUAGCUGUGGGGGUUUGCCUCCAGUUAGAAGUGCAUUGGAAAAAAUCCUGGCUGUCUGCCAUGGAGUCAUGUAUAAACAGCUCUCAGCCUGGAUGCUCCACGGACUCCUUUUGGACCAGCAUGAUGAGUUCUUCAUAAAACAGGGUCCGUCUUCCGGUAACGUCAGUGCCCAGGCGGAAGAGGAUGAAGAGGAUCUGGGUAUCGGAGGACUGACGGGAAAACAGUUGCGAGAACUGCAGGACCUGCGCCUAAUUGAGGAAGAGAACAUGCUGGCCCCGUCUCUGAAGCAGUUUUCCCUGCGGAUGGAGAUUUUACCAUCCUACAUUCCAGUGAGGGUUGCUGAAAAAAUCCUCUUUGUUGGAGAAUCUGUUCAGAUGUUUGAGAAUCAAAAUGUGAACCUGACGAGGAAAGGCUCUAUCUUGAAGAACCAGGAGGACACUUUUGCUGCAGAACUGCAUCGGCUCAAGCAGCAGCCACUCUUCAGCCUUGUGGAUUUUGAGCAGGUGGUGGAUCGAAUUCGUAGCACUGUGGCUGAGCACCUCUGGAAGCUAAUGGUCGAGGAGUCAGACUUACUGGGUCAGCUGAAGAUCAUUAAAGACUUUUACCUUCUGGGACGAGGAGAACUGUUCCAGGCCUUCAUUGACACAGCUCAACACAUGUUAAAAACACCACCCACUGCAGUGACAGAGCAUGAUGUAAACGUGGCCUUUCAACAGUCAGCACACAAGGUGCUGCUAGAUGACGACAACCUUCUCCCUCUGUUACACUUGACGAUUGAGUAUCAUGGAAAGGACCAUAAAGCAGAUGCCACCCAGCCAAGAGAAGGGCCUUCUCGGGAAACAUCCCCACGGGAAGCCCCUGCUUCCGGCUGGGCAGCUCUUGGUCUCUCCUAUAAAGUACAGUGGCCACUACAUAUUCUCUUCACCCCAGCCGUCUUGGAAAAGUACAAUGUUGUUUUCAAGUACUUACUGAGUGUGCGCCGUGUCCAGGCUGAACUACAGCACUGCUGGGCCCUUCAGAUGCAGCGCAAGCACCUCAAAUCUAACCAGACAGAUGCAGUCAAGUGGCGCCUAAGAAAUCACAUGGCCUUCUUAGUAGAUAAUCUUCAGUACUAUCUCCAGGUAGAUGUGCUGGAGUCUCAGUUCUCACAGCUUCUUCAUCAGAUCAAUUCUACGCGGGACUUUGAGAGCAUCCGAUUGGCACAUGAUCACUUCCUAAGCAAUCUGUUGGCACAAUCCUUUAUUUUGCUGAAACCAGUGUUUCACUGCCUGAAUGAAAUCCUAGAUCUCUGUCACAGUUUUUGUUCACUGGUCAGUCAGAACCUGGGUCCACUGGAUGAACGGGGGGCUGCCCAGCUGAGCAUUCUUGUGAAGGGCUUUAGUCGCCAGUCUUCACUCCUCUUCAAGAUUCUUUCCAGUGUUCGGAAUCACCAGAUCAAUUCAGAUUUGGCUCAGCUACUGCUCCGGCUAGAUUAUAACAAGUAUUAUACCCAGGCUGGUGGAACUCUGGGCAGUUUUGGGAUGUGAAAACUGGUUCUUAAAAUGAAGUAACCAUCGGUCCUACCACGCUCUGAUGUCUGUAGUAAGCCUCCCCAGGCAUCACAAGAUGCCUGCAGACUGGUAAAAGGAUGCUACCUUUUCUUCUAGAAGCAGUCCAGAGGUCUAAGUCCUCCCUACCAGUCCUGUGGGGGGACUGGAGCCAGCUGUCUCUCACCCACUCAAAGGCUUUAUUCCUUUACACUAAGACAUCUGUUGGGUGGGUUCAUUUGUGCAACAGCGGUGUAUUGAGCAUUUACGAUGUCCCUAUGGACUCUUCAAGAUACCACAGAGAACAAUGAGAACCAAUAAAAUAUGUUUAGGAUUGGUUCACAUGUAAAAAAGGAAUCAUUCUUAUGAAAAGGUCAGCAUUGAGAUGUUACCACCAAAUUAGAAAAGACUUAAGACAGGCUGUGGACUUUCCCUCCUCUGUACCAUAUAAUUUAUAACUAUACAGAUUGUCCUUAAGAUUUAAGAGCCCCCCUCCUUUAAGGAUAUUCAAAACCUGACCAGUAGGUUCUCUAAUUCUUUCAGACUGGUAAAAGGGGUAGUUCUAGCUAAAGAUGACAGCAGUCAAAUUGUUCAGAUGUUAGACAGUGAAAAUUGCAAACUUUUCCCUAUGCUCGAAUAGUGAAGUCACUAAUGUUCCUAUCAGCAUAAACAAAGAGUACAGUCUUCAGGCCUGUCUGUAGUCCCUGAAUGUUCUCUUCGGCUACACAUUUUUUACCACCCACUGUGAAAGUCUGUACUUGUCAGCUACAGAGGAUCCCUUCCAUUGUUACCUCUAAAAGCAAAGCAUGGCAGACAAUGGCCUACUGCUUGUUUUUAUAAAUAAAGUAUUAUUCAAACAAUCACA